CUGCGGUAGAUGUGCUGAGGCUGGAGUAGCCACCAUUUUGCAUGUCUUGUGUGUUCCUCCCUCCAUUGCUAAUAGAGACGAUUCCAGUCAUUUUCUGGCAUCAUUACGGCUAAGAAUGCCAGCUCCGAUCAGACUGCGGGAGCUGAUCCGGACUAUCCGGACAGCGCGGACCCAGGCAGAGGAGCGUGAGAUGAUCCAGAAAGAGUGCGCCGCCAUCCGCUCAUCCUUCAGAGAGGAAGACAAUACGUACCGUUGCAGAAAUGUGGCGAAGCUACUCUAUAUGCACAUGCUGGGCUACCCAGCACACUUUGGGCAGCUGGAGUGCCUGAAGCUGAUUGCGUCCCAGAAGUUCACUGACAAACGAAUAGGCUAUUUGGGAGCCAUGCUGCUGUUGGAUGAGAGGCAGGACGUCCACCUACUAAUGACAAAUUGCAUCAAGAAUGAUUUGAAUCACAGCACACAGUAUGUCCAGGGUCUGGCCUUGUGUACAUUAGGCUGCAUGGGCUCCUCAGAAAUGUGUCGUGACCUGGCAGGGGAGGUAGAGAAGCUGCUUAAAACAUCCAACUCCUACUUGAGGAAAAAAGCAGCAUUGUGUGCAGUCCACGUCAUCAGGAAGGUCCCAGAACUCAUGGAAAUGUUCCUUCCAGCCACAAAAAACCUGCUGAGCGAGAAGAACCACGGUGUUCUCCACACAUCAGUUGUCCUCCUGACUGAGAUGUGUGAAAGAAGUCCUGACAUGCUAGCGCACUUCAGAAAGAAUGAGAAGCUGGUUCCACAGUUGGUGAGAAUCCUGAAGAACCUAAUAAUGUCUGGCUACUCUCCUGAGCACGACGUGUCGGGCAUCAGCGACCCUUUCCUGCAGGUGCGGAUAUUGAGACUACUGCGGAUUUUAGGCAAGAGUGACGACGACUCCAGUGAAGCAAUGAAUGACAUCCUUGCACAGGUGGCAACAAACACAGAGACAAGUAAAAAUGUAGGCAAUGCAAUCCUGUACGAGACGGUGCUGACUAUAAUGGACAUCAAGUCUGAAAGCGGACUGAGAGUCUUGGCCAUCAACAUACUAGGUCGCUUCCUGCUAAACAACGACAAAAAUAUAAGAUACGUGGCAUUGACUUCUCUACUAAAGACGGUACAAACAGACCACAAUGCAGUGCAGAGACAUCGGAGCACCAUUGUGGAUUGUUUAAAAGACCUGGAUGUGUCCAUCAAGAGACGUGCGAUGGAGCUGAGCUUUGCCCUGGUGAACGGCAACAACAUUAGAGGCAUGAUGAAAGAGCUGCUCUACUUCCUGGACUCGUGUGACCCUGAAUUCAAGGCCGACUGUGCAUCAGGAGUCUUUCUAGCUGCAGAGAAGUAUGCCCCUUCAAAAAGAUGGCACAUAGACACCAUUAUGAGAGUCCUGACAACAGCGGGGAGCUACGUGCGAGACGACUCAGUUCCCAACCUCAUCCAGCUCAUCACAAACAGUGUGGAGAUGCACGCCUAUACAGUACAGAGACUUUACAAAGCACUGCUGGACGACAUUUCACAGCAACCUCUGGUGCAGGUAGCAUCCUGGUGCAUAGGAGAGUACGGCGACCUGUUAGUGUCUGGGCAGUGUGAAGAGGAAGAGCCCAUUCAGGUGACUGAGGAUGAAGUUCUGGAUGUGCUGGAAGGCCUCCUGGUGUCCAACCUGUCCACACCUGUGACCCGGGGUUACUCCCUCACCGCCAUCAUGAAGCUGUCUACACGUUUCAGUAGUGUAAACCGAAUCAAAAAGGUGGUUUCGAUAUACGGCAGCAGCAUCGACGUGGAGCUGCAGCAGAGGGCUGUGGAGUACAAUGCGCUUUUCAAGAAAUAUGACCACAUGAGGCCGGCUCUCUUGGAGCGAAUGCCCAUCAUGGAGAAAUCGGCUUCCAACGGCCCCACAGAGAUCGUGCAGACGAAUGGCGAGACGGAGCCCUCUGUCGUGGAGCCCAAACAUCCACCGCCGGUCAGCCAGCCCACCAACCAGGCUAACGAUUUGUUAGACUUGCUGGGCGGAAACGAUGUGCCAGUCAUCCAGACCUCGAUGCCCACCAAGCCUGCCUCAGCUGGAGGAGAGCUGCUCGACCUGCUGGGUGACCUCUCGCUAAGUGGCGGUCCAGCCCCUACUCCUGCUCCCUCAGUGCCCACCCCCCAACCCCCUUUCCUCCUGGAUGGCCUCUCCUCACAGCCCCUCUUUAAUGACAUUGCAGCUGCAGGUAUUCCACCCAUGACGGCAUACAACAAGAACGGCCUGAAAAUAGACUUCACGUUUGAGAGAGCAAACCCCAACCCAAACAUCGCCGUCAUCACCAUCCAUGCAUCCAACACAACAGAGGCAGACAUGACAGACUUUGUUUUCCAGGCUGCAGUACCAAAGACAUUCCAGCUGCAGCUCCUCUCCCCUAGCAGUAAUGUUGUCCCAGCACUCAACCAGGGAACGGUCACACAGGUCAUCAGAGUCCUUAACCCACAGAAGCAACAGCUACGAAUGAGGAUCAAGCUGACGUACACCCACAAAGGCACGGCUGUACAGGACCUGGCUGAGGUCAAUAACUUCCCCCCUCAGUCCUGGCAGUGAUGAGCCGCUCCCGCCGCUCCUCAGAGCCCCUCCAAGGGAACUAUGGAAACGAUUUUUUUUCCUCUCACCUCCCACCUUUCUUCCAACGGAUCCCCUGUGACGUCCCUGCAGACCGCUGCCCUCGAGUUGCAUGGGAAGCAGCAGAGCAUUGAACGCAGGAGCAAAAUCCAGAUGUUUCGGAGACCCUACUGACUAUCGACAUCACCAGACGAAUUGGGGGGGGGAAAAAAACCCGAACAUAUCAAUCAGUCAGCUUUUAUUUCUCUCUUAAUCAGUUUUCCACAAUCUCUUUGCUUCUUAUUAGUCAUGUUUUUCCUUCCGCCCAGAUCCACGAACACCCACUAAAGCACACAUGCACACCUUCCACUGCGGUGUACUUUAUCUCUCGGCUCACCGGAGAGACAAACGUACCCGCAGUCACCACAGUUUGAAAAUGCAGUUCUCCCUUGACAUUUGCGAUUGGCUUUGGAUUAAUUUCAUUUUCUUUGGUACAAGCUAUAAGUCCUAUGGCGGCAGUGGCUUGGAAAGUUUUUUUUCUUUCUUUCAGUGCAGUCAUAAACUCCUGAGUUGACCCUGUUUUCGACCCUCCGCACCCCCAAUGAUGAUAUGACUUGUCAGAGUUGUAUUCAUUUUGAAUUACAUUAAUUUGGACGAGGCAUGUUUGAGCAGCGUCAGGAUCACAAUCGCACCUGGACUUGUUGCUCGAGGAGGAUUUUUCUGAGUUUGGCCGUAGGCCUCUCGAUCUUAUGUUUCGAUAAGAUCCAGCUGGAUUCGUUCGGCCACUGCAUUAAGACCACGUAGAGAUCCAGGAUGGCCUCUUUGACCACCUGUAGUGGGUUUCACAGAACGUGCUCAGACUUUUUUUCUGCACUCUCAUCUCCUCUGCAGUAAAGUGAUGGCUUGAGAUCUGUAUCAUAAACUCAAACGGUUAAUUGCUUUGCAUAUGACGAAGAUGUUUAUUCAUUAGGAUGGAUGCAACCCAGGCCUGGAAGUUAGCCGUGCAAACAGGUCUGUUGCAUUUAUGUUAGAGAUCCACACCUGUGUCCUCACUGUCACUUGUAAUUUAGUUACAUUUCAGAUUUGUUUAACCUGGUUGAACUUGGUCACCAUGCACAUACAUGUAAAUUAAGCUUGUUAUGAAUGUAGUUACAUGCACUGAAUGCUUUUUUUUUCUCUCUCUCUCUCCCCCCCUCCUUCCUCUAAUUCUUCGUUUUCAUGUCUUCUCUGAUGGGGACGUUCAUCCCUCCGGCACUAUUUUUGUGAAAGUAUGGUUUUUUUUUGUUUUUUUUUCUGCAGUAAUUUCACUUAAUUUAUGCCUGAUAUCAAAGUGAUGUGCCUUUCUGACUUAGCUAGAUAAAAGCCCCGAACUAUUGAGUUCUGUAUGAGCUUUGUUUGUAAGUCUGCUUGUGUGAUGGCGGUGUUUUCACUCGGAUGGAAGCGACCCUGACCGAUUUGAAUUCGUGUCACUUCAUUUAAAUCUUAACAUCUCACUUGUAAACGCUCACCCAUCGGAUGUCCACAGCAGCGUUUUUUUUUGUUUUUUUUGUCUCGAAUUUGGCAAAAAAUUUAAUUUGAUAGCAGAUCGUUUCUUCAGUGUGGCUGAACUUCCAUUAAAGUCAUAUUUUUGGAGAUUAUUAUAAACAAAUCCUCAAACAAAGCUAAUCUGAAAAAUUAAAGGCAGCUAAUUAAUGUAAACUUUCCCAAAACUGGCAACAAGAUUUCAAGUCUUUUCGGAAUAUUUGAAUGUCAUACAGACAUCCCCCCCCCCCUCGUCCCACAUACAUUAACGAAAGGUGAAAAGUGAGUUUGGCUCGCCGGAUGAGGUACAGGAAGAGGUAGUUCGGCAGUGAAGAGCUUGAUGCUCUUCUUUAAAUCAGAAUUCUGACCACUUUGUUGGCGCAGGAACCUUAAUACCUCACAGCGUGUUCAGUUAACUUUUUGUUUAGAAGCAUUUUUGUGAUCGGGGGGAGUAUCUGCAUGAGAGAACCCAGCAGCAGUCUUUACAUCUCAUCACUUCACCACCUUGGCGGCCCCGCGAUGCUGUGUUCAAUCAGGCUCUCUAAUUCUUUUCACUAUGCUUCACUAUCUUCUAACUUCUGUGACCAAAAUCAGAGAGACUAUUAGCUUUGGAAAUAUUUUUGAGCUAUGAUAUGUGUAUAUGGAGAAAAUUAUUUCAGUUGAACUUUUUUUCUGUUGACAAAUGCUAUAUUGGCUUUUUUCUGUACAUAUUGAGGGCUUUUACAGUUUUGUCUUAUACUAUCUUUCAUCCUUUUUUUAGAUACCAUUUUCUAAAAAUUUCCAAUUAUUCACAAUGUAUAUUGUCUAAAUAGCUCUAGUCAGCAUUGGUCGAUCGAGACUUCCCUGUAUCAUCGUUCACUCAUUGUAAAAGAUUAAUGAUCUGCUGCCUGUACAUUGUAUAUAGUUGUAAAACAAACGCUGAUCAGAAUAAAUAAAACCCACACGAAGACUUAAAAGAUUAGCUAGGAAGUAUAAUUGUAUGCAUAUAUGUACAAAAAAAAAAAAAAAA